AUGAUAUCCGCAGAGGUGUGCCAGGCCAUCAUCAGUGAAUACCAAGAUGAAGUAUUUUCCUGUCCAACUACUCCAGAUGAAUGGAGAGAAGUGGCACGGACUUACGCUGACAGAUGGAACUUUCAUCAUGUCUGCGGAGCCUUGGACGGAAAACACGUGGCCAUCAGAAAUCCACCAGGCUCUGGUACGAUCUACUACAACUACAAGGGUUUCUACAGCCUCAUCCUCUUGGCCCUAGUUGAUGGCAAUUACAAGUUCCUCUGGGCUGACGUUGGUAAUCCCGGUUCUUCAUCGGAUGCCCAGGUCUUCAACCACAGCCCGCUGAGACGUGGACUGGAUAAUGGUACUCUUGGCCUGCCAGAUCCAGAGCCCCUGCCAGAUGAUGACCGAGACACCCCUUACUUCUUAAUUGGGGACGACGCCUACCCUCUCAAGACAUUGAUGCAAAAGCCGUACUCCAACCGUGAGCAGACCGACGAGGAGAGAAUCUUCAACUACCGUCUCUCGAGGGCUCGCCGUGUGGUGGAGAACAGCUUUGGCAUCCUUGCCCAUCGCUGGAGAUGCUUGUUGAGUACCCUACAGCUUGAUCCAGAAAAAGCCAGGACAGUCAUUAUGGCCUGCAUGUGCCUCCACAACCUAAUGAGAGAUCGUUUUCCUGGGCUUCAGAACAUUGACGUUGACCAUGAAGAUGAGUUGGGCAACCACAUCCCUGGGGCAUGGAGAAACGCAGCAGUUCUGCAGGAUGUUGAACGAGUUGGCGGAGGCUACCAGGCAAACAAAGAGGGCAAGAAGCUGAGAACUUACCUGAAGCACUACUACAACAGUCCAGUUGGAAGCCUGCCCUGGCAACAACACAUGAUAUAG